AUGUCCACUCUGACCCGACCCCCUCUCAUAACCCACACGACCACUUCAACCACCGUCCUCACCUCCCUAUCCUAUUGCACCACCCUCACUCACCUCAAACAAGUCCACUCUCAAAUCCUCAAACUCCCCCAGUCUCACCACCACUCCCUCCUUUACAAACUCCUCCUCACUUCACUCUCUUUACCCGCCACCAAUUAUUCAUCUAUUCACUAUGCCCUCUCCGUUUUUUCCCAACUCCCGUCUCCCCCACCUCAUUUUUCCAAUAAGUUUCUUCGCAAAUUAUCGCGUAGCAACUGCCCCGAAAACGCCUUCUUGGUGUUUGUCAAAAUGCUGAUAACUGGACUCAAUGUUGACAGGUUCAGCUUUCCUCCUAUAAUAAAGGCUGCGGCUCGGAUGGAGGGUUUGUUCGAGGGGAUGCAGGUUCAUGGCCUAGGAGCGAAGUUGGGGUUUGAUUCUGACCCGUUUGUGCAGACGGGUCUUUUGGGGAUGUAUGCUGCGUGUGGCCGGAUUUCAGAUGCACGAAUGUUGUUUGAUAAAAUGUCUUAUAGAGAUGUUGUUACGUGGAGUAUCAUGAUUGAUGGGUAUUGUCAGAGUGGGCUAUUUGAUGACGCCUUGGAGCUUUUUGAAGAGAUGAAGCGGUCUAAUGUGGAGCCAGAUGAGAUGAUUCUUUCAACAAUUUUAUCUGCUUGUGGUCGUGCUGGAAAUUUAAGUUAUGGGGAAGUGAUUCAUGAACUAAUUAUUGAGAAUAAUGUUGUUGUUGAUACCCAUUUGCAGAGUGCGCUUGUUACUAUGUAUGCAAGUUGUGGUUGCAUGGAUAUAGCUAACGAAUUGUUUGAUAAGAUGUGGCCAAAGAAUUUGGUUGUCGCAACUGCUAUGGUCUCUGGGUAUUCAAGAAUUGGACGGAUUAAAGAUGCUCGCAUGAUUUUUGACCAAAUGGUUGAAAGGGACUUGGUCUUCUGGAGUGCAAUGAUCUCUGGUUAUGCUGAGAGUGAUCAACCUCUGGAAGCACUUAAGUUAUUUAAAGAAAUGCAAGUCGUGGGAAUGAAACCAGAUCAGGUCACCAUGCUUAGUGUCAUAUCAGCUUGUGCUCAUCUUGGUGCAUUGGAUCAAGCCAAAUGGAUCCAUUUAUAUGUUGAUAGAAAUAGGUUUGGAGGAUAUUUGCGUGUCAACAAUGCUCUUAUUGAUAUGUAUGCAAAAUGUGGGAGUCUGGAAAGGGCAAGGGAAGUUUUUGACAAGAUGCAGAGUAGAAAUGUGAUAUCCUGGACUAGUAUGAUCAACGCCUUUGCAGUGCAUGGAGAUGCCAGUAAUGCACUAAGCUACUUCAAUCAAAUGAAACAUGAAAAUAUUGAGCCUAAUGGGGUUACUUUUGUGGGUGUGCUUUAUGCUUGCAGCCAUGCAGGGCUA